GACAGUACCUGGUACCUGGUACUUUUUUUAGUACCGCCUCGGUCGAGGUUCUAAUUGAGCCGAGCCGAUAGUAAAUGUGAGCCACGUGCUGACGGAGUGGGGAAUUCUCCUUGACGAGUGGUUCUGUAUCAUGCUUGAAUAAAUGUGUGCCAUUUAAUACAUACUUUGCAUAUGGUAAUAUUCUAUUAAUUGAAAAUCAGGUAUCAUUUAUCUCAUUACAGAUAAAAUUACAACACAGGUUUCUGCCUUAGAUUUUUACAUCUCGCUUGUUACCGAUUUCCAAUCAGCUGUUUAUCGAAGUCAUUCCUGUCGUGGCUGAAUGUAAAUAACUUGGUCAUAUUGAGCAAAACGUAGGGUCUAGAACACCGUUAUUUUGCAUCCUUAAUAGGGUCCGUGUUCAGUGAACAGGAAAAGCGUUUGGAAUACAGCCUGACUGUGUAUUGUAUAGGGCUUCAAUAAUACAACAUUAUUCCUGCACGAAGGCGAACGGAAGAUGACACCCUUGUAGAGGCGGCACUAAACUGCAGUGGAAAAGCAAGCUCAGAAUAGUAAAACGAGCCGAGUCGAGCCAUACCGUGCAGUGGAAUAUUGGCUUUAGAGGCCCAUUGGGACAGGAAUCACGCUGCCCCAUGCUCACAUUUUGAGUGUAGGAGGAUCAGCGUACCUUACAGCUAAUGAUAGGGAUUUUCACUCUAAAUUGGAUUAGAUUAAAAGCUCUCCAAGAUCUUGUUUUAUAGCAAUUAAUCGGAAUUAAAUGCAUACAUUUUACGCAAACAAAGGUGUGUAAGCGCAGACAGCGUGCCUGUGAUUUAUAGAAUAAAUUCUAUUGUAAAAUAUAUUGCAAAGAUGGGAAAUGGAUUAAACAGUUAGUACGGGAUUUUGCUGAGGUUUUUUUUGUGAUUGUUGCAGCCAAAAAUGCUUGUUUGCUACAGGUUUUUUCCCCCAAAAAUUUUGCGAUGCAAUUUGCAGAGUUUUUUUGUGAUUUUUUUGUGGAAGACUGUUGAAUUGGCGAAGUCACAACUGCAUGAAAUUGUUUUGCUCGGUCUUUCACAGUGAUGUUUGUUGGUAAAUGAGACGUUUUAGCUGCACUCAUGUUCGACAUGCGUGAAUCGAAGAGGGCUUUGACCAAACGUGCGUUGUGAUGAUGUCACAUGACGCGUCUCGGCCCAAAUCUGCGUCAGCUUUGAAAAAUGGCCAGCUCCUCCGAAUAUUGUGGCGUUUGCUUGAUUUUGCGUUAAUCCCUGCGAUCGCACAAUUCUGGAGGGACUGAUGAAUGUAUGAUAGCUGUAUAUCAGAAAUGUGUAUGCACCAUGGUGACCUUGUUUCCCACGCAAAAGAGGAGAGAAAGAAAAAAAGAAAAAAAAAUUCUCCCUUUUCCAAAGCCCAGUUUUUUUUUAAGGCUAGUUUCAGUAUUUUUUUUGUUUGUUUGUUUGUUUGUUUUUGGGUUUUUUUUUUUGGGUCAGGUCAGUUUUCAGGACUGAUAUCCAAUUUUCAGACAGACCAAACAAUCAAAUUAUUUUAGGAUGUUGGUGUAACUUAAAAAUUUGACCAUAUUAUCAGCACUUAUUAUCAGGAGGCAUUAUUUGCUGCAUGUGUUGUGCACUUGUAUAUGGGGUGGAGAGCAAUUUGGGAUUCAGCCAUCUGCUAAGAUGUCAGUUAAGAUGACUUAAUAGCAGUGAACAGAAGCAGUGUUGUGGAAGAAGGAGAUACGUGCGUGUGUAUCUGACACCACACACACUGACACACCAUCUAACAAUGAGUUAGUUAGUUGUUAGUUUAUCAGCAUUGUACAGAAGACCCAGGGCGGUGGGAGGGUGGAUUAAGACCUUAUAGGAAGGGACAGCUUUCUUUUCCGAGCCACCACCCCAGAGUUCAUUCAUUAGCAGCAUCGGGAGACAAGUGCACGCCAUCUUAAAUAGUCUACGUAUUUAAUCUAGCUAAAGGCUUAAGCUAUAAGAUGGAAGGGCCGUUUAAGUGUAUAAGAGAAGAAAAUGGAAAAGUCACUCGGAUUAUUCGCAUCGGAACCAGGAAAAGCCAGCUCGCUCGGAUUCAGACAGACAGCGUGGCCGAGCAGCUGAAAGAGCUCUAUCCAGACUUGCAGCUAGAGAUAGUUGCCAUGUCGACAGUCGGAGACAAAAUCCUUGACACUGCCUUAUCAAAGAUUGGAGAGAAGAGUCUGUUCACCAAAGAGCUGGAGAAUGCCCUUGAGAGAAACGAGGUGGACCUUGUUGUGCACUCUUUAAAAGACCUUCCUACCUCACUGCCUCCUGGUUUCACGAUUGGUGCUGUUCUCCAACGUGAAAAUCCUCAUGAUGCUGUAGUGCUUCAUCCAAAGAAUGCUGGACUCACUUUGGACGCCCUUCCAGAAAAUAGUGUGAUUGGCACGAGCUCGCUCCGCCGAGCGGCCCAGCUGAAAAAAAGGUUCCCACAGCUGGAAUUUGAAAACAUUAGAGGCAACCUGAAUACUCGUCUGAAGAAGCUGGACGAGAAGGAUGACUACGCUGCCAUCAUUCUGGCUGCAGCUGGUCUCAAGCGCAUGGGCUGGGAGAGCCGUAUCAGUCAGGUUCUGGGUCCUGAAGACUGCAUGUAUGCUGUAGGCCAGGGAGCGUUGGCGGUGGAAGUGAGGGCAAGAGACAGAGACAUCCUCAAGAUGGUGUCCAUCCUCCACCACCCUGACACUGUGCUGCGCUGCAUCUCUGAGAGGGCUUUCCUCAAGCAACUGGAGGGAGGCUGCAGUGUACCUGUCGCUGUCUACACAGAAAUGAAGAACUCUGUGCUCUAUCUGACAGGUGCAGUUUACAGUCUGGAUGGUGCUGACUGCUUGAAGGACACCAUGCAAACCAACAUCGAAUUAGAUAACAUGGUGCAUGACAGUGCAGAAGACCGAGCUCAUGUCGGAGUCACGGCCAACAACCUGUCUCUGAAGGCUCUGGAUGAUGCAGAGAAGCUGGGUGUUGAUCUUGCCAACCUGCUGCUCAGUAAAGGAGCCAAGGACAUCCUUACCACGGCCAGACAGCUCAAUGAUGUCCGAUAACAGCUUCUUUCAGCUGCCAGCAAGCCCUGAUCCACAUGAUCCAACUUAACACUGUCAACAUGAAAAAUGCACACACACACACACACACACACAUUCAAAGUGAAGGUCAUGGGUGUAAACAGUACUAUUUAAAUGGAUGUAACAGAAGAUUGUAUGCCUCUGUUUACCCAUGUCAUCACAACACUUUUUUUCAGCACCGAAUCCAUUGAUGACUGUUUAUAUGUAUUUUCAGUACUUUCACAGUACAAGAACAAACCAUGUUACAUGCUGAUAUCUUGAUUACCAUGUCAAGUAACUUAAACUCAGGUGCACUCAGAAAAAGAGGUUCCGAAACAGGGUUGUUUUUUUUUUUUUUUACAUGCAACCUUUUUGUCCAAGAUUGUAUCUGGUGCUCAAAAGGACUGAGUUCACUUUAAUAACAUUCUUUGCUGAAACCAAGGGUAUAUAAAGAAAUCUGUUUUAGUUAGGUUGUACAUUUUUAUUUAGUCAUUAAGCAGUUUGCAGCUUAGUUUAUUCUCGUAUAUACUUCCAUUCAGCCUUUUGCCUGAACCUAUACUUUAUAUCCUCCUCAUUGCAGUAAUACUUGGUGCCAUUUAAUUGUAGCACACUUGAGCCUUCCAGUACUCACUCACUUUUUUUUUUCAGAUAAGGACUAAAGCUGUAAGACCAACAUAUCAGUUAUAAAUCAAGCUGAACGGAUAUGUAUUUUAAAAUGUAGCUACAGAGGUUUAAAAUUGCUACCACUAAUUUAGUUCUAGCUGUGCAACAUACCAGCUGCCAAAACACAGACCAAGCUUCACUAAAUUAAUAAAUACAUUAUAGAUUUUUCAAAUUUUCCUUACUGUUAUUUAGUUAAAGGUAACUUGCAGCUUUAGUAAUGGUAAUUCACAAGGUCUUAACUUUCUACCAGCUAGCAAAAGGAUUGUGUUCAUUUCAGCAGUUUCCCUACAUACUCUGCACACAGUGAGAUAUAUAUAUAAGUUAUGAUUAUUUAAGCCAAGUAGGAAAUGCUUCAGUUUGACUGUCCCGGAUCUAGUUGUUCAAUGCAGGGUUGUAAUGUGUGUUCAGGAGGUGAAGUAAACAUGGCUGUAGUGUUCUCAUUGGAAAAGGUGCAGGCUGAGACUCACUCAUUCAAUACUGAAUCAUUUAUGGGUUGGGUCUGAUGCCAGUGAGCUGUUUAUAGUGCCUAUAACCGGACAAGUGCCUUAAUGUGAUAAUAUGCAUUUUACAGAUUGUAUUAAGUUAAAUAUUAAAAUUAAAGCUUUCCCUCCCCUUAUUAUUUCA